CUGGAUGGGAACGCCACACGAAGAAGGGGAAGAGGGAAGGAUGGGGUUGUAAAUCUGACGCUCUGCUAGUGCUUUGCACUCGAGUGUGUGUGUGUGUGUGUGUGUGUGUGUACGAGUGUGUUUGACAGAGGGAGGCUGGAAGGGAUCUAUUCAUCCCGGCCGCCUUUGCAAAAGGGUCAGGGACAAAAAAAAAAGGUGAGCUUUGGUGUCACUUUUUUCCACCGUGGUUGUGACUUUGACACAUGCACGCCGCCUAUCAUGAGCGAGCCGGAGGAUGGCUCACUACAAGGACGUCUCUGCCAGGAAGACCUCGCUGAAUCUGGUCACAGGCUUUUUCCAGUAUCUGCGAGAUGAGCAGGAGGCAGUGCAAAAGAGAACCUUCACCAAAUGGAUUAAUUCUCACUUGGCAAAGCAUAAUCCUCCGCUUGAGGUCAACGACCUUUUCGAGGACUUUAAAGAUGGGGUGAAGCUCUUGUCUCUGUUGGAAGUGUUGUCGGACCAGAGGCUGCCUUCAGAGCAAGGCCGCCAACUCAAGAGGAUCCAUUGGGUCUCCAACAUCGGCACCGCGCUCAAAUUCCUGGAGGGCAGGAAGAUCAAACUGGUGAACAUUCAUGCCACCGACAUUGCCGACGGACGACCGUCAAUCGUUCUCGGGCUGAUAUGGACCAUCAUCCUCUACUUCCAGAUUGAGGAGCUGACCAGCAACCUUCCAGCACUCCAAGCCUUGUCCAACAGCAACUCUUCGGUGGAGAGCUCGGAAACGGGAAGUCCGCCCAUGAAGAGAAAAGUGGUGAAGUUUCAGGGUAACGCCAAGAAGGCCCUCCUCAAGUGGGUGCAGUGCACCGCUGCCAAGCACCACGGAAUUGAGGUGAAGGAUUUUGGUCCCAGCUGGCGCAAUGGCGUUGCUUUUCAGUCGGUGGUCCACGCCAUCCGGCCCGACCUGGUGGACAUGCAGGCGGUGCUCAGGAGGAGCAACAAGGAGAAUUUGGAGGAAGCUUUCGCACUAGCGGAAAACGAGCUGGGCAUCCCUCGCCUGUUGGAUCCAGAAGACGUGGACGUGGACAAGCCGGACGAGAAAUCCAUCAUGACGUACGUGGCUCAGUUCCUCAAGCACUACCCUAAACCUCACCAAUCGGAGACGGACGGACAGUACGACGAGCUGCGCUCUGGCUCCAUUCCCGCCUCUGCGCUGUCAGCGCCCGGGCUUCAGAGGGAGGAGCGCAAGAUGCUGAGAGAGCUGAAGGUGUUUUUGGACCAGCUGGAGAGAGAUGUGCUGAGAGCCCAGACGGCCGAGGGGAGUCUCACAGACAAGUAUCAGGCCUUUAAAAGCUUCCGUGUGCAGUACGAGAUGAAGAAAAAGCAAACGGAUCCGCUGCUGCAGCCGGUCCACAAGGACGGGAAACUGUCCGUGGACCAGGCUGUGGUCAAGCAGGCCUGGGACCGCCUGUCCAUCAGGCUGCUGGACUGGCACAUCCACCUGGACAAGUCCCUGCCGGGUCCUCUGGGGGUGAUCGGAGCCUGGCUGCACCGAGCCGAGAUAGCCCUGAGGGAGGACAUGCCCACCCACCAUGCUCACGAGGAGACGGCCAAUGCUCUCCACAGGAAACUAGAGAAGCACAAGGAGGUGUUAAAAAACCUGGAGUCACACAGACAACCCUUCCAGCAGAUCCACAGAGACCGAUCGGUCAACGGCGUCCCGGUCCCGCCAGAGCAGCUCCAAGAUAUGGCUGAGCGGUUUAACUUUGUGUCCACGUCCUCACACGGCCACCUGAUUAAACUGGAAUUCUGGGAAAUGAAGUACAGACUCAUGGCUUUUCUCCUGUUGGCUGAAUCCAAACUCAAGUCAUGGAUCAUUAAGUACGGCAGGAAAGACUCGGUGGAGCUCCUGCUGCAGAAUUACCUGACAUUAAUUGAGGGCCACCGGUUCUUGGACCAGUAUGAGGUCCUCUUCUCGGCACUCAAGCAAGCGGCGGACGUCUAUGUGAAGUCUGAGAGUACAAUCGACGAAGCGGAGGGUGUGGCCAGAUUCCUCUUCGAUGCCACGGCUCAGUGGAAGAACCUGGCGCUGGAGGUGCGCAGCGUCCGCAGCAUGCUGGAGGAGGUCACCUCCAACUGGGAGAAGUACAGCGGCACGGUGGCGGCGCUCCAGGCGUGGCUGGAGGACGCCGAGCACAUGCUCAACCAGUCGGAGGGCGCCAAGCGUGAUUUUUUCCGCAACCUGUCCCACUGGAUCCAGCAGCACAUGGACAUGAACGACGCCGGCAACUUCCUCAUCGAGACCUGCGACGACGCGGUGUCCCGAGACCUCAAGCAGCAGCUUCUUCUUCUGAACGGGCGGUGGCGGGAGCUCUUCGUCAAAGUCAAACACUACGCACGAGCGGACGAGGUGGACAAGUUGAGGCAGGACUACCACGACGGCAUCAACGCCUUGAAAAUCUUCAUGGACGCUACCAACGAGAAGAUGAACGCUCCCGUCCAAGUGUCCUUCCUCAACGUCCGCACAUUUGUUCAAGACGUGGAGGAAAUCAAGCACAAAGUCCCGGCCAUGGAGGCGGCGUCUAAGGCGGCAGGUCGCACCGCUCAGCUGCUGAGCAAAGACACCGCGCAGGAGGAAGUGGCUCAGAUGACGGCUGUGAUGACCUCCAUCAAAGAGCAGCUCGCCAAGGUACGAGAGCGAUGUCUGCCACUGCUGAAAGAGUCUCAGUCCCUCUUGGCACCGCUUGAAGAAAUGGAGAAGAACAUCACAGGCUUCUACCAGUCUCUGGAGAAGGCCAGCUACGUGACCAGCAGCACCGACCCAGAAGGACCCGUGGACAUCAAACAGAAGUGCCAGGAGCUGGCGGCCGCCACGCAAAGCUGCAAGAAGUGUCUCCUUGUCAUUGAGAGGAAUCACCAGAGCAUCCUGAAGCUGAUGGAUGCCAGUAAAAAGCUGCAGCACAUGGACAUGAGUCUCCUGCAGAAAAGAGUGGCGGACCUACAAACCUCCUCACAGGGCAUGUUUAAGGAAGCCACGGAGUGGAGGAGGCGCGUGGAGGCAAACAGCAGCCUCAUGAAGAGGUUUGACGAGUCGCGCACGGAGCUGGAAAAUGUUCUCAGCUUGGCAGAAGACUGUCUGACAGAACAAGGCCACCCGGAGGAGCUGCUGAAAAAACACACGGAGUUCUUCGCUCAGAUGGACCAGCGGGUCUUGAACACAUUCCUCAAGGCUUGUGACGAGCUCACUGACAUUUUGCCCAACCAGGAGCAACAGUCGCUGCAGGAAACUGUCCGGAAGCUGCACAAACGCUGGAAGGACGUUCAGACAGACGCUCCAUUCCACGACCUCCGCCUUAAAGCGGAGGCGGAGAGGAGCAAGCUGGUGCUGCUGCUGCAAGAAUGUCAGGCGGAGAUAGCCCGGGAGAACCGCCACCUGGCCAGUGUGGGCAGCGAGAGGCUGGUCAAGGAGCACCGGGUCUUCUUCAAGGAGAAGGGCCUUCAGUCCCUCUGCGAGAAGAGGCUAGAACUGAUGGAGGAAUUCUGUCAGAAGCUCCCUGAGGAUGACUCUGCCCACCAGACCCUGGACAAAUCCAGGAAGGAGUACCUGGAGGUCAGCGAGGAAAUCGAGAACACUCAUCAGAAGCUAUUGCAGCACCCAGACAAAUGGAAGGACUACAGUGCAAGAUAUGCCGAUCUGUCCUGCUGGCUGAUAUCUAAAGAAAGUCAACUUCGCCUGCUGAGAAACCGAGCCAGCGACCCCAGAAAGUACAGCCAGGUGAAGACCACCAUCACGGAGCUCAGGAACGAGGCCGAGCUGCAGGAGGGCAACCUUGGCUGGCUGAAAGCCCGCAUGGCGGUUCUGAUGGAGAUCUGUGCCGACAGCGACGCCCAGAGGCAGGGAGGCGCCCUGAGAAAACUUUCCACUGAUCUCAAAGGUCUUCUGUUGUCGCUUAUAGAGGCUGAGAAGAUGGUCCUGGCUGUAGGCGACUGUGUACAAUUCAGAGAGGAAGUGCAGACCACUUUGGACGACCUUCUCAGCGCCCAAAAAGACGCUCAGACUGAGGUCUCCAGAAUUCUGGAUUGUCCCACCGUGAGAGAAGCCCAACAGCUCCUGCUGGCGCACCAGCAACUUCUGAAGAGGCUGAAGCUGAAGCGGAAGGAUGUUCAGCAGCUGAUCAGCAGGGGGCAGCAGUUGCAGGCGGAGGAGGGUCUGGGAGAGACGCUGCAGCAGGACCUGCACAGUCUGGAGAACACGCUCAGUAAAAUGGAGCAAAAUAUGGAUUCGCAGGAGCAGAGCCUUGAGGUCACACUGGCGGCCUGGCAGGAGUUCGACAGCCAGCAGGAGGCCGUGCGGCAGUUUGUCAGCAAGGCCCGCUCAACCAUGGAGAGAGACGUGAACUUCAGCAGUCCUGAGAGCCUGGCAGUGGAACUGGACCAAGCCAGAGUGCUGCUGAAGCAGUGUGAAGCCGAGGCGUCGCAUAUGAACACGCUGCUGAAGAGAGCCACGGAGAUCCAGCUGGGACCCAAGAACAAGACUGUGCUGCUCCAGCAGGCGCGUUCUCUCAGCGAGCAAGUGGACCAAGUUGAGACCGGCCUCAAACGGGAUGUCAAAACUGUGGAGGAGAUGAAGAUUAAGUGGGAUGGAUUCGGAGCUGACUUUGAAGCAUUUUCCUCAUGGAUAUCUGACAAGGAGAAGCAACUGGACUCCUUGAAGAGCUCCAGUUUGGCGCUUGAGGGACAGAUCAAAACUGUGAAGGCUGUGGAGGCGGAGCUCCAAGAGCGCGCUCAAGUUCUCUCCGGACUGGAGGCGGACUCCCACCGCGUGGCCCAGUUUGUCUCGUCAGGAGAGGCGGCCCGCAUCAAGGCCCGCCUCACCCAGAUCGGUCGCUACUGGGACGAGCUGCGGGAGAGCGUGCAGCAGCUUGACGGACAGCUGCAGGAAAGCUCCUCCCACCAGACGAAGUUCUCUCAGAGCCUACAGGAGGUGCAAAAAUCGCUGUGUGAGCUAUGCUCCAAGCUGGACCAUCCGAUCAAAACGUGUGCUUCCUCAUCAGAUACUUACACAGAACUUCAAAACCACACGGAUGCCGUCCAACAACUGGAGAGGCUGAAGGGGACCUUGCUCUCCCUGUCUGCGGGCACUCGCAGACUCAGUGACAGAGAGCGAGCCGAGGCCAGCGUGAAGGAGAUGAAUAGCAGCUUGGAACGAAACACUCAGCAAGCAAAGAUGAAACAGAGCACUCUGGAGACCCUGCUGACUGCCUGGCAAAGGUUUGAGAAGCAGCGUUCAAGCUUCAUUUUCUGCCUGGAGAGGAGCGAAUGCGCCGUCAAUUCAGAGAGUCGCUGUCUGUCGGCCGACAAAGCUAAAGUCUGCAGUGAGCUGCAGGAUUUACAGGCCUUGCGCUCUGAGGUGCAGACCCUCGGGCCCUCUCAUGCUGAGCUGCUUUCCCUCGGGACGUCACUUUAUCCCAGCGCCCCGGAUGAGAGCCAGCUGAGGGAGGAGCUUGACAGCCUGCAGAAGAGGCUUCAAGUUCAGAAUGAAGCUCUCCCUCGGAGAAUCCAGGAGCUCCAAAACCACCUCUCCAACGUGGAGCAGUUCGACCGGGACCUCUCGAAAUUCUCCCAGUGGAGCGAAACCAUGCUUUCCAGUCUUCACUCCGCUUCCCAAAUCAGCAUCAGCAACCUGCAGGCCGCCAGCACACUAGUAAAGGAGAGCCAGGCAGCCCUACAGAAGCAGGCCGCCAAUAGACAGAGCUUGGUGCAUCAGGCGGAGAGCCUCUGUCAGUCCUCCGAGCCUUGUGAUGCGCAGCUCCUCCGCAGCCGAGCGGACAGCUGCAUCCAACCCUACCAGGAGGCGCAGCACAUAGUACAGCUACGCUUUGAGUGUCUGGAACGGCUGAAGAACUUCCUGCAGAUGCACAGCGCGGCCGCGGGCGUGCUGCGAGAUCUGAGACAGACCGUGGAGAGUGCCGGGAGCUGGGACCGAGGGCGAGUGGAGGAGCUGCAGCAGGAGCUCUCCUCCAUCGUACCGGACGUCUGCCAGCUGGAGACGCUGGCCGUGGUUUUGGACGGUGCUCUCUGCAAAAGUCACCUGCACAUGGGCGCCGAGGAGGGGUCUCGCAGGUCGUGCCGCGUGCUGGCCGAUUCUCUCAGCGCUGAGCUGGACGUGGUGAGAAACCUGCUGGGAACCAAGCAGAGUGAAGCCGAGGCUUUGGGCGCUCUGUGGACGUCCUUUAGGCAGCGCAAAGAGCAGCUGCUCAAGGCUGUGGAGGACGUUGAAGAAAAAGCGGACCAUCAGAGCUUCAAGGAGCCAAGUCUUCUGUCCCUGCAACAGAGGCUGCGCUUCUUCAAUCAGCUGGAGGACGAGCUGGAGUCGCACCAGCAUGAGGCGCAGUGGCUGAGGGACAAAGCCAACCAGCUGGCCCAGAGAGAUGCAGAGUUAGCCGGGGAGGCGCUGAGAGAAAUCAGCCUGCUGGACAACACCUGGGAGGACACCAGGAAGCUUAUUACAGAAAGACAAAAGCAGUGCAACGUUCUAGCCGAGCUCAUGCGGGAGUACCAAAUGCUUAAAACCUCCAUCGGCAGCGUGAGGGAAAGCACCGAACACCUCGUGGAUAUCAGUUCUGCUUUGAAGGACCACGAGGAAACCAAGAGAUCACUAAGCAAGCAUGAAGCUGUGAAGACCGAGAUGGCCAACAAGAAGCAUGAGCUGGACCAGUUUUCCUUGAAAGGAAAACAGCUGGUGAUGGAACUGAAGAAGGUGCCGGAGUGCGACUCACAAACAGUGAAAAAGGACAUGGAGACGGUUGUGGACCAUUGGCUGGAUGUGACUGAGAAGCUGGACGACAACCUCCAUCACCUCAACCAGAGUCUAAAGUUGUGGGAGGACGUGCGACAAAUUGCUGAUGACAUCGAUGGCUGGACCGGCAGCUGCGUGUCGGAACUGAACGAGAGUCUGAACAACUUCAACGACAGUCAGAAGGUCUCCGUGAGGCUUUCUGAGCUGCAGGCUCAAAUAGGUGAGAAGGAGGUUAGGCUUGAAAACCUGCUGGGCAAAAUCUCAGAGCUGAAGAAGAACACUGAAAGUCUGGAGACCCCUCCUAAACUGCAGAUGCUUGAGAACGACCUAAGGAAGAAGAUGGAGUCCGUUCAGAAGCUGCACGAGCAAGCCAUGAGAAACCUGGUGGACUUCAGCUCUCAGAAGAAACUUCUGGAAGACUAUAUUUCGCAGAUGUCAGCUUGGCUCAAGGGUAUGGAGGACUCCUUGGUGUCGUCUCCGGUGGGUUCGGAUCCCGAGGACAUCUGCAGAGUGAAGGAGCUACAGAAAGAGCUGCAAAGCCAGCAAGGAAGUAUCGACUCCACGAGAGAAAGCCUCAACAGCCUGUGUAGGAAAUACCCUUCGGAGGAGCUUUCCCGCUUGGGUUCCGCACUCACCGAGCUCAUCAAGACCUACGAGUCUGUAAACCAGGUCUCGUCCAGGACUCUGGCCUCACUGCAGAACGGUCUCCAGCAGCAGUUCAAUGAUCUUGUUCAGGAGUUCCAUCGCUGGCUUGUAGAACAGAGGGAGAUUGUGAAGGAAUGCUCCGACCGGUCUGGAGACACCCACAUUGUCGAGCGCAAGUUACAGAAACUAAAUGGGGCGACGGGGCGCAUGGAGGAAGGCGAGCUGCGCCUCACGCAGGUCUGCGAGGAAGGAGAGAAACUGCUGCUCCAUCUUCCCAAGGCCAACGCUGGCCAGGUCCAGCAGCACAUGUCCUCCAUCCAGCAGGACUGGGACAGCUUUGUGGAGCAGUGCAGGCAGAACCAGCAGAUCCUGGAGGACAGUGCGUCCCUCAUGAAAGGGUUUGAGGGCCGCCUUAAGAAGCUCCGCUGGUGGCUGGAGCACAUGGAAAAGAGGAUGACGACAGAUCUACUGGAAGCCAAACAACGUUGUUCUGAGAAGGCUUUGCUGGAGCAAGUCGAGGAAUAUCAGCAGGAAGUCCUCAAAGAAAGAGAUUUGUUCGAGCGUUUGUGCCAGGAGGCCCGGGGGCUCAACGAGGGCGGGCGAGGGGACGGCAGCGAGACCCGAGUCACCGCUCAGCUGCAGUCGCAGUACCACACCCUGCUGAGGCGUGUCCGGGAGAGGCUGCGCUGCUGCCAGCUCUCUUUGCAGGAGCAGCAGGCCUUCCAGGAGACUCUGCAGGCCACCUGGACCUGGCUGAAUGGGGUCCAGGAGCGUCUGGCUUCGCUCAACAGCACGCUGGGGAACAAGGAGACUCUAGAGAAAAGACUUGUUCUUGUACAGGAUGUCCUGCUGAUGAAGGGUGAAGGCGAGGUGAAACUCAACAUGACGGUGGGGAAGGGAGAGCAGGUCCUCAAGCAUAACGGAGUGGAAGGACAGGAAGCCAUUAGCUCGCCACUUCAGAGCUUGAAAGACGCCUGGGCCAACAUGCUGAUUAUGUCUAUGAGCUGCCACAGUCGACUGGAGUGGACGGUGGCUCAGUGGAACAGCUUCCAGGAGAGCAAGAACCAGAUCCAGCAGUGGAUGGAGUCCGUGGAGCAGGAGGUGGGCAUGACCCUGCCCCAGCAACCCGGCAUCAAGGAGAAGUCCGUUCUCCUGGAGCGCCUCCGGGCCAUCGAGGCCGACGUGGACGCUCACGCGGCGGUGCUGUCCCGUCUCAAAGACAAGGCUGUGGAGCUAUAUGAGAAAACCGGUGACCAGACUUUUGGACCGGAGUCAAGGGCUGAGCUCAACUCACACUUUGCUGAUAUAUCAGCUGUGGUGAAAGGCAAAAUACAGUCCACGCAAACCAUUGUGUCAGAACACGAGCAGUACCUUGAUUCCGUCAGAGACUUCAACGACUGGCUGAUCUCAGCAAAGGAGGAACUCCAGCGCUGGUCUGACCUGUCAGGAGACUCAGCUUCCAUUAAAAGAAAGCUCUCCAAAGUCCAGGAGUUGCUUGACUCUAAGCAGCGAGGCAAAGAGAGGCUGAACCGUGUCCAGAGAUGCGGAGCAGCAGCCAGAGACCACACCGGCUCCGGAGGUUUUGAGGCUAUCGAGCGGGAGGAAGCAGCCCUCUUAUCCAGCUGGGAACAGUGGGAACGAGGGGCGCUUCAGACACGGGCUGGUCUGGAGACCGCCCUCUCUCAGAUGACCAGUUCUGAACAGGAGUUCAGCGGUCUGUCGGCACAGCUGGAGAAGGACAUGCGGGACUUCAACGGUCAGCUGCAGGACUGGCGCAUCAGGCUGGUUCAGGCGGAGGGUAAAGCUGGCGGAGAGGAGGGUGUCAAAGGCUGGCAGAUUGCCAAGGACACUUUGGAGGAGCUUGUCAAAGCGGAGCCGAUGAGCGAUGGUCUAAAAACUCAGCUCAAUGAUCUGUGCCGCUUCUCCAGAGACAUUUCCACCCAGUCGGAGAGAGUGUCUGCCCUCAUCAAGGACUACAACAGUCUUAGUCUUCAAGCUGCCAGGGAGUGUCAGGGGAAAGUGAAGCUGCAGGAGCAGGGAUUCCGCUCGGCCUACAGGGAGUUCCAGCAGUGGCUGGUCAAUGCCAAGAUCAACACGGCCAAGUGCUUCGACACACCCCAAAAUCUCACCGAGGCUUCAUCCAGCCUGCAAAAGAUUCAGGAGUUCCUCAGCGACCAAGAUCAUGGUCAGUCCAAGCUGAACGCUGUGAUCUUCAACGGCGAGCUUCUCUCCGCCAUCACCUCUAAAGACAAAGUGGAUUCGGUUCGGACGAAGACUAGCAACGCCCGAGAGGACUGGAAAAACAUCAUGUCCAAUCUUCACAACAGAGAAAUAAACUUACAGAACCUCAUGUCUCAGAUGAAGGACUUCGAAGCGAGCGCUGAGCCUCUCCAAGAGUGCCUGAACGCCACUGAGCUGACCGUGCAGGAGAGCAGCACACGGCUUCACGACCUCACGGCCAAGAAGCUGGAACUCCAGAAACUUCAGUCUGUGCUGGAGGAGCUGGCCUCUCACCAAGUCCAGCUGAGCAGGCUGAAAGAGAAGGCCCAGCGUCUGUUGGACGAGCACGCUGCCGGCAAGAGUUUUGUGCACCGCGUGUCUCAGCUCUCUGCUCAGUUCCUUGCUUUAACCAACCUAACCAAGGAGAAGGCGUCCAGGAUCGACCGCAUCGUGACGGAGCACCAGCUCUUCACUCACGGCUUGAAAGAGCUGCAGAACUGGGUGGCGGACACCAGUUACAUGCUGCAGACGUACUGCGCCCCCACCGCCGACAAAAACGUUCUGGACAGCCGAAUGAUCAAGCUGGAGGCCUUGUUGACGGCGCGCCAGGAGAAAGAGAUCCAGUUAAAGAUGCUCAUCACCAGAGGAGAAGCGGUUCAGAGAAACACCUCCGCAAACGGUGUAGCCGUGGUCCAGGAGCAGAUACAGGAGCUCAAAGACUCCUGGGAUGCUCUGCUCUCUGCCUGCAUUCAGUGUAAAAGUCAACUGGAAGGUUCUCUGUCCCAGUGGACCAGUUACCAGGAGGACGUGCGUCAGUUUGUGAGCUGGCUGGAGCACGUGGAAGAGAACCUGGACCCGACUGAUCAGCAGUGCCCUGAGAUGCGAGACAAAACUGCCAAUCUCAGCAGAGCCAAGCUGCUGUACGAGGAAGUGCUCAGCCACGACGCCCCGUUGGCCACGAUCAUGGCGAAGAGCACGAGUAUAGCUGAGAACUACGUCACUCACCUGGAGCAGCAGGACCUGCAAGAACGCUACAGCGCCAUCAAAGACAGCGCCGUGGGGGCUGUAGGCAAAGCGGAGGAGGUGGUGAAAAGCCACCAGGAGUACCAGAAGGGCCUCCGUGCGUUCGAAGAGUGGCUGGAGCAGGAGCAGGAGAAGCUGGGCUGCUACGUGCAGCUGGAGGGCGAUGUUGACAUGCUGGAGGAGACACUCCAGAAGCUGCAGGAGCUCCAGCUGCACUGCACGGAGGGCCAGGCGCUGCUCAACACCGUGCUGGUCACCCGCGAGCUGGUCACUCCCUGGGGGCCGCCUCAAAUCGAAGACCGAGCGCUGGAGACCCUGCAGCAGGACUGGAGGACGUACCAGGCCCGGCUGGCUGACACCAGGGCCCAGCUCAACAGCGCCUUGGCCAAACUCCGACAGAUGGAGCAGAAGUUCCAGCGUCUGGACAGCUGGCUGAAAAGCAUGGAGACCAAAGCGCAACUGCGAAGCCACCGCCGCUCCGACCGAGCCACCAAAGAUGCUCAGCUCCAUUUAAUAAAGAUGUGGCAAGAGGAGGUGCUGGUUUAUCAAGACGAGAUGGAGGGCCUCGGCAUUCUGGCCCAGCAGGUUCUAGACGAGACCCACAUUAGCAGCCGCAUCAGCAGCAGAGCGACCCAGAUCACAGCCCGCUACCACGCACUGCUGCUCCACUUGCUGGAGACCAUCAAACAGUUGCAGGAGGAGGUGUCCUGCAUCGAGGAGACUCAGAGUGUCUUCAGCACCUUCUCCGACUGGCUCAGCAGCGCUCAGAACAGCCUCCGCUCCGUGGCUACCAGCAACGACACUGUGGACCGCUUCGCCAUGGAAAGAAAGAUGAAGAAGAUCGAGACUCUGCAGGCGGACAUGGAGUCGGGUCACGCCAACCUGAAAAUGGUGAGAGAGAAGAGCGAGCGAGCCCUGGUCUUCCUGGAGGAAGCCGAAGCGCAGCGGCUGAAGGAGGAAGUGGACAGCCAGGUGGCCCAACUGGAGGACCUGGUCACAGCCCUUCGCUUGGAGCAGAGCUCUCUGGAGAAGUGCAUCUCGCUCUCUAAAGACUUUGUGGAUAAAUACAAGGCUCAAGCCCAGUGGGUGCUGGAAACCAAGAGCCUGUUGGCGUCCAGCGUCGAGCCCAAAGCUGAACUUUACCAGAAGAAAGCCCAGCUGGCAAAGUACAAGACCAUCCAGCAGGUGGUGCAGUCACACCAAUCAGCUGUGAAAUCAGUGUUGGAGAAAGGUGAAGCCCUGCUAGACACAGUCCACGACCCCAUCAUCCGUGACAACAUGAACACGCUGCAGGCUGACUUCCAGGAGCUCUGCUUGCAGGCUAAGACGCAGGUCCAGAACCUGGUGGAGUGGGUGAAGGAGCAUGAAGGCUACAACAGUGAACUGCAGGAGGUGGAGAAAUGGCUCCUGCACAUGUCCAGUCGGCUCGUCACCUCCAGAUCCAUGCAGACCAACAGCAUGGAGAUGGCCACCCAGCAACUUGCACGCCACAAGGCCAUAAUGGAGGAGAUUGCAGGUUUUGAAGAACGUCUGACAAGCUUGAAGCAGAAAGGAGAAGAUCUGGUCGCCAGCUGCACCGACCAAGUCCAGGCUAAGAUCAGCCAACAGGUGCAGGUUCACCAGCAGGGAACUCGGGACAGCUACUCGGCCAUAUGCAGCACUGCUCAGAGGGUGCACCAAAGUCUGGACCGAGAGUUGCAGAAGCACGUCAACCAUCAAGACACUCUUCAGCAAUGCCAGACCUGGCUUGCCACGGUCCAGGAGGAACUCCGCCUAAACCAUCAUGGACCAUCUGGUCUGCAAGAGGCGCUAAAACAGGUGAAGCACUUCCGGGCCCUUCAGGAGCAGGCUAGCACCUACUUAGACCUGGUGUGUUCAGUGUGCGACCUGUCUGAUGACGCCGUGAGAGUGACUGCAGCACAAGUUCAGAAGGUCAAGCUAACUAUCGAGGAGAGCAUGUCUCGCGCUCAGGAACUUUCAGAGGGCUGGAGGGAGAUCAAAGAGCAGAAGCAGGAUUUGACGAGCUUAUUCCAAGAUAUGGAACAGCAAAUCCUCACUCUGUCCAGAAGACCUGCAGAGUUGGAGACCAAGAUUGCUCAAAACAUGCUUUCUCAAGCCAAGGAAUGUAGCCAGCUACUCCAGUCCAAACAAAGUGUCCUGACCAGAAUGACGGAGAAAGUCAGCAAACUGUCUCCAGGCCAGGACUCGCCAGAGCAUGCGGAGCUGGACCGUCUGAGUCAUUCCUGGCUGGACCUUUGUCAUCAGGCCAGCAAGCUGCAGAGGCAGCGGCAGGAGGACCUCCAGAUGUCUAAAGAGUACCACGACUGUAUGGCCGCCGUAGAAGUUCUGUUUGAGCAGGGGGCUAAACAGUGGGACAAUCUAGCAAGAACCGAUGCUGAAAGCUCCUCCCAGCACUUGGAGGCAUUACGCAAACUUGCUGUGGAACUGGAUGGACAAAAAGGUACAUUGGAGGAUCUGAAGGAGCAGAAACAAAAAGUUAUCCAGCGUCUGAACCUGGACGACAAGGAGCUGGUCAAAGAGCAAAUCAGUCACUUUGAGCAGCGCUGGUCGCAGAUGCAAAACCACAUUGAGAAGAAAAUCCAAGACUCGGUGGUGACCCUGGAGGAAAUGGGCCAGGUGGAGACUCGUCUGAGGGAAGCUCGGGAUUGGGCUGAGGAGCAGCAGCCCACCUUGUCCGAGGCCAUGAAGAUGAGUCCCCCUCCAGAGCUGGCUCAGAGUUUCCUCUUUGACCACUUGAGUAUUUGUAGCGAGUUGGAGGCGAAGCAGCUGCUGUUGGCCCAAGCCAUGACCGACGCCGACAGGGUUCUGGCCCGUCUCGGUCUAAGCGAGCGUCAGCGUCUGCAGCAGCUGAUUUCCGACACUCAGUCAGAGGUGGAGUCCUUGAGCGUGAAAGUGGUGCAGCGGAGAAAACAUCUCAGCAAGGCCUUCACCGAGAGGACUCAGUUCCUGAUGGCCGUCAACCAGUCUAUUUCUUGGGUCCAGCAAAAUGAGAAGAAGGCCCUGGCCGAAGAGAACGUGGCUUUGUUACCCGAUGACCUCGCCAAGCAGGUCCGAACGUGCCGGAACAUUCAAAGCAGCUUGAAGGCUUACCAGAGCGAGUUGACGUCCUUAUGGUCUCAGGGGAGGGACUUGAUGCGGGACGCCAACGAGGACGAAAGGAACGAGAUCCUCACCAAGCUGCAGGAGUUGCAAAACAUCUUCGAUAAAACUCUACACAGGUGUGGGAAGAAACUACAAGAUCUUGAAAAGGUGUUUGUCUCGAGGAAGUACUUCAAGAACGAUCUCGAAAAAAUAUGCCAGUGGAUAAAACAAGCGGACAUCAUCACAUUUCCUGAAAUCAACCUCAUGGUCGGAGACGGCGAAUUAGAGGCACAGCUGUUGAAGUAUCAGCAGAUAGUCGAGCAGGCAGUGGAGUAUGAGAACCUUCUCUUGAUUGUGCAAAGAGCAGGACAGGAGAUUCUGGCCACUCUGAAUGAAGUGGACCACUGCUAUCUGGAUGAAAAACUGAAUACGCUCCCACAGCAAUACAACAACAUAUUAGCACUAGCCAGAGAGAAACAGGAGAAAAUCCAACAGGCCAUCUUUACCAGGAACGAGUACACCUCUUUCAUAGAUAUCACUCAAAAAGCCCUGGAGGAGCUUGAGGAGCAAUUCAACCAUCUGGGAAAGCAGCCUGUAGGCCUGGAAACCGAAGAGGUUCUCACCCUGCAGAGUGAUUACAAAGCCAUCCAAGUGGACCUGAGCCAUCUGGGUCUUGCUGUGAGCGAACUGAACCAGAAGAAGGAAGGCUUCCGUAGCACCGGACAGCCCUGGUGCCCCGAGGAAAUGACCCAGCUCACCAGCCUCUACAACGGUCUGAAGAGGCUGCUUGAACAGAAAAUGGAGCAUCUGGAUGAAACCUUGGAGUCAUUCGAGGACCAGAAGGCGAUGGCCAUGCAGGUGGACUCGGAACUGAAGGCAACCAAGGAGCAGCUGGUGAAGGUCAACGCUGAGACUCAGUCUGCAGAGGAAAGGCUGAAGAACUACCACACUCUUGCGGGAAGCCUCCAGAGCGCCAACUCUCACUUAUCGAGGCUCAUGGAGCAAAUGGACUCUCUGGCACCGCGUAAGGACCAAACAGCCCACAACGCCUCCAAAGAGCAAGUGGUCCUGUGGCAGGAGGAGCUGCGAUCCUUGCAGGCUGCGGUCGGGGACCUCAUCGAGGAGUGCGAGAACCGCUUCGUCCAGAGCAAAGACUUUGAGACGGAGAUAGAACGGACGCUGGCCUGGCUGCAGCAGGUGCAGGACGAGCUGGGGUCCGCCGUGACCGUGGACAUGCGGGUGGAGAAAGUGCAGGAGGAGAUCAGGAAACAGCAAAUAAUGCAGGAGGAGGUUCAGUCCACACUUCGGAUCGUGGCCGCUCUGAGCAGCAGGGAGAAGCAGAAGUACACCAGUGCAAACGAGCUGGUGCCGACCCACGUUGACACUAGCCUUGAAGAAAUGGCCAAGCUGCAGGCAGAUGUUCAGAAACAACUGAGUUCCAGACAGGUAACCCUGGAGCAGGCCCUGCUGUUGUGCCAGAAGUACCACUUUAGGAUGCAGGCGGCCUGCGAAUGGCUGGAAGACGCCGUGUCCUUCCUGCAGGAGGCCAGCCUGGGCGUGGACGUGGAGAACUACGAGGAAUGUCUGCGGCAGCACGGCGGCAUCAUGGCCACCGAGCAGGAGUUUCUCAUCCACCUGGAUGAGCUGGAAACUUUCCUGCCCCAGCUGGAGAACCUCGUCAAGCCCACAGCCAAAGGCCAGCUGCGGGUGAGCGUGGAGUCGGCCAAGCAGAGAGGCCUGGAGGUCCGGGAUCAGCUGCAGUGUCAUCAAGAUGUCCUUCAAAGUUGUGUGGCUCAGUGGAAGUCGUACCAGGAGGCAAGGCAGACCGUCAUUGAAAUCAUGAACGAAGCUGAGAAGAAGCUGACACAGUUUUCAACCGCCAAAGCGGCAACGAGCCAAGAGGCCGAGGACAAGCUGCGCAGUCACCAGACCCUGGUUUCACUGGUCAACGGCUUCCAAGAGAAGCUGAGUGGUCUGGAGGAGCAGGCGGCUCAGCUGGAGCAGGUGGGCAGCGAUGCCAGCAAGGCCACCAUCAGUCGCUCCAUGACCACCGUGUGGCAGCGCUGGACCCGACUCCGCAGCGUGGCGCGCGGGCAGGAGCGAGUCCUGGAGGACACGGCGCAAGAGUGGAGGACGUUCAGGGAGAAGAUGACGAAGGUGGGGACGGUUGCCGACGAGCUGCGAGGUCGGGUGCCGGACAGCGCGGUGGAGAAGGCCUCCAAGGCCACCCUGCAGUCUCUGCUGGAGCAGCACGACCUGCUGAGUCAGGACUUGGAGAGAGAGCUGUCAUCCCUCACGCUGCUGCGCCAGUACGCCCUCAGCCUGCUGCACGACGUGGAGGUGCCUUCACCUACCAGCGAGCAGGAAGAGCUGCCCAGCCUGAAGGAGAUCAGAGCUGUUCAGGAGCACAUGGAGAGCCUCCUGACAGAGUCCAGGACCAAGCGAGCUCAGGCAGCUCAGGAGCUGAGGGACAGAGAAGAAGUGGAGCGAGAACUCAACGUUGUGAAGGCAUGGAUCCAAGAGACCAGGGAGCUUCUCUUCAACCCCACGCCAGACAUUGACGCUCUACUCCAAGAACUGGAGGUCGUACACGGAGACGUGAUUACGUAUCGCCAGAACGUGGACAAAUUAGCCGAGCGGCAACAGAGCAAGUACUUGGACCUCUACACCAUCCUGCCCUCGGAAAUCUCCAUGCAGCUGGCCGAGGUCUCGCUGGCUUUGGGGGCCAUCGAGGAUCAGGUUCUGUCCAAAGAGAGAGACAUACAGAAAACCAGAGAAAUAAAAGAGGAGUUCAGGUCCAGAAUCCACGAGGUCUCGGAAAAACUCAAAGCCAUUUCUGCCAAAUUCAAGGAAAAGUCAGCAGAGGUUGACCAGGCCAAAGAAGAAGUCAAGAGUCUGGCAGAGGACUUGGACGUCUGCGGCCACACGCUGGCUGAGCUGGAUGCUGCCGUGCAGGAGUUUGGUCGGCGGAACCCUCUGCUGGCCAAGCAGCUUAGCGACGCCAUCAGCAAGUUGUCAGAGAUACACCACCACACCACUCGACUAGCAGACUACCGCAAUAACUGGCUCAAAAAGGCUGUUUGCUAUUUAGAUGAGUAUCACGAGAUGCUGGACUUCAUUGUGAGGUGGUCGGAGAAAGGCAAGAGCCUGGUGAGGGCAAACAUCAUCUGGAACUCCUCACUUCACCUGCAGGAGCAGAUACGGGUGUGCCUGGCUGUCCUCAGAGAGUCCCGCGAGCUCCAUGGAGACCUGGAGUCCAUGGCGGAGAAAGUGGAGCUUCUGUCGGAAGUCCUGCAGGUGGAGUCCAUGAGCCAGCAGGUGUGCGAGCUCAGCAGACACACGGAGGAGCUCCAGCAAUGCAUCCAGACACGGCUGCAGAGCUUGGAGGAUGCAGAGAGGAGUAUGGAAGCCCUGGAAUGUGAAGUCAAGGCCUUGCAUGUGGCUUUAGAGCAGGUCCAAGCCACGCUAACCUCACCGGAGCUGGCACGCCAGAGCCUUAAAGAGCAGCUGGUCCAGAGACAGCGUCUGUUGGCCGACAUGGAGAGUUUCAAGCAGCAGGUGCAGACGCUGCAGCUGUGCCAGAGCGCUCUGCAGGUCCCGGAGGAAGUGAUGCCCAACCUGGCCAUUUGUCGCACAGCUGUGCGUCUGCAGCAGGAGGCCAGCCACCUGCAGCACGUGGCCAUCCAGCAGUGCAACAUCCUGCAGGAGGCGGUGGUGCAGUAUGAGCAGUACGAGCAGGAAGUCCGAGAGCUGCAGGGGCUGAUAGAGGAAGCCCAUGGUGUCAUCCAGGACCAACCCAUCACCAGCAGCAACAUCCAGGAGCUGCAGGCACAGAUCCUUCACCAUGAAGAGCUGGCCCAGAAGAUUAAAGGCUACCAGGAGCAGAUAGCUUCGCUCAACUCCAAAUGCAAGAUGUUGGCCGUGAAGGCCAAGCACGCCACCUUGCUGCUGACGGUCAGCGACGUGGAGGGUCUGCCCGAGCUGGAAGCGGAGAAGAUGGCCUCGGCCCAGGCUGUGAUGAUGACCGCCGGUCGCUGCCACGCUCUCCUGUCUCCUGUCACUGAGGAGUCUGGGGAGGAGGGCACCAGCAGCGAGGUCUUCUCCCCCCCUGUGUGUCGCUCUCCUUCCCCACUGGCUCUUAGUGAGGCCGCCGAGGCUGGAAGCGGUGCGCUAAAAAGAGCUCCAGUCCAAGAGUUGUACGACCCCACGUUUGAGUCCGUGGCCAACUUGGAUGACCUGCAGCGCUCCUGGGAGACGUUAAAGAACGUGAUCAGCGAGAAGCAGAGAUCUCUGUACGAAGCUCUGGAGAAGCAGCAGCAGUAUCAGACCUCGCUUCAGUCCAUCUCGGCUAAAAUGGAGACGCUGGAGGCCAGACUGAGCGAGCCCCUGGAGGCCGAUAGAAGUCCUGAUAGUCACAAGAGAACCCAUGAGGAUCUGGUCGAGGAGAUCCAGAGCGUGCAGGACGAGAUCGACAGGCUGCAGACGAGCUUCAGCGGCGACCCGGCCGACGCCAACAUGGCCGACCAGUUGGCCAUGCACUCUUCUCUGGCAGUCCUGGCUGAAAGGAUGGCCACCAUCCACAUGAAGGUCUCAGGAAGGCAGCAGCUACUGGAGGAGCAUGCUAGUGAGCGCCUGGAGGGCCAACGCCAGGAACAGGCUAUGCAGCGUUAUCAAAUCCAGGCAGAGGAGCUGGAUCGCUGGUUGUCUCGUACGCGCAAAACUGCAGUUUCCAUCCUUGAAGCGACACAUGGAGAGGAAACUGACGUGGACUGGCAGAUUACUGAAUGUCAGAACAUGCUGCUGGAUAUCGAGAAGAAAGUGCUGGCUCUAUCCGAGCUGUCCAUGCACAGUGAGAACCUGCUGCUGGAGGGCCGUGCCGAGACGCGGGCGGAGGCCGAGCAGCUGGCCCGCAGGCUACGGACGCUGAAGGGCGGCCUGCUGGAGCUGCAGAGGAUGCUGCAAGACAAACGCAUCAGCAUGCAGGGCGGCUCCCAACAGGAGCAGGAGGACAGUGGGUCGGACUCCAGUCUCUCCCUGAGUCCAAGCGUGCAGGACUGGGUGGCCCAGGCCAGGACCACACGCUCCCAGCAGCACCAGGACAGUCUUCAGAGCCAAAGGGAGUUAGAGGAGCAGCUUGCAGAGCAGAAGAAGCUUCUCCAGUCGGUGGCCAGCAGAGGAGAAGAGAUCCUCAUCCAACAGGCGUCACCCGGCAGCACCACGUCAUGCGAACCAUUCUCGACAGAGGCUCUGGCCGAGAGAGAGACCGAGGCCGCGCGGGAGCAGAUGAGGCAAAGGUGGGAGAGCCUGAAACUGGAGCUCACAACCAAACUGCAGCUGAUGCAGAAGAACUUGGAGCAGGAACACAAGCAGCCGGUUUACUCCGGCACUCCAUGUACGCCACCGCUCUUAAAAGGACAAGCUCAAGCCGAGGCGUCAUCACUGACGAGUCUUUACCACGGCUUCAGGCUGACAAUGGAGACGCUGGCCUCUCAGCCGGGUAACGGCGAGACACAGGCGGCUCAGGUGGAGCAGCAGCUUUACACAGCCGUGUUCUCCACCUCCUCCUGGAUAGACGCCGUGGAGAACAAUGUCUUUGCUGGCUCGCUGAUGCUGGCCGACAACGCAGAGUUGCAGCUGAAGAAGCAGGAGACGUUGGAGGACGACCUCCGACGUGUGAAAGAGGAGGUUUCACUUAGCCAGGCCUCGCUCGCCUGCUCGACCUGGAUGAGGCCGGAGGAGCGGAACUUGCUGGAGAAUAAUCUGAACUGUCUGAAGGAGAGGUUGGGAACUCUGGGCGGUGCCGUGGGUCAAAACUGUGACCACAUGAGAACCAGGACUCAGGAACUCACAGCCUACCAGACCGAACUGCAUCUUCUCCAGAGCGCUUUCAUGGAGACCAAGUGUCAGGUCUUGCAGCUCCUAGCAGGAGCCAUGGAUAGGCCGGCCUCAGAACAACUGCAGGUCAUCUCCAGCACCGAGGAGAGCCUGAAAGAAUUUGAGCAGAAGAUCACAGAGCUGAAAACCCAAGGAGCGGCGCUGCAAGUUGAUCAGAUGUCGACAGACAAAAUACUGAAACUUCAGGACACCUACGAGGAGCUGGUGAUGACCGUGGUCUCCCGCCGCAGUGGCCUGAACCAGAACAUGGCUCUCAGGCAGCAGUACGAGCGCGCCCUUCAGGACCUGACCGACCUGGUGGACACGGCACGGGGCAAGAUGGAUGCCCAUCAGAGGAUCAUCGCCAGUUCAGCGGAGGAGGUCCAGAACAACCUGGACAAACAUAAGGAGUUCUUUCAGGGUCUGGAGUCCCACAUGAUUUUAACCGAGACCUACUACAGGAAAAUUAGCAGCUUGAUGCUUCUGAAAGAGAGACAGGUCCUGGAGGAGACGCUGGACCAGGCUCAGGGUGUCCUUAAGCGGGCUCACACGAGAGGUGUGGAACUGGAGGGCAUCCUGGAGGCUUGGCUCCGCUUGGUCCAAGAUUAUCAGAGCCUGCAUGGGCAGCUGGAGGCUGUUGAGGAACACAUCCCGACAGUUGGAUUGGUGGAGGAGACCGAGGACAAACUGACGCAUCGCAUCUCACUCUAUCAGGGUCUGAAGGGGAGGCUGACAGAGCACCAACACAAGCUGCACCAGGUCCUGGGCCAAGGAAAACACCUCCUGCAGUCGGUCUGCUGUCCCGCUCUGGAGAGUCAACUGGCGGUCCUGGGAGAACGCUGGCUGGACAACACCAACAAGGUCAACAAGGAGCUGCAGCGCCUGGAGGCCAUCCUCAAACAUUGGACCAGCUACCAGAGGCAGUUUGCGGAGCUCAGCCAAUGGCUGCAAUCUGCUCUGGAGCGUCUGGAGUUCUGGAACACACAGGCGGUCCUGGUCCCACAGGAGUUGGAAACAGUCCGAGACCACCUUUCUGCUUUUCUGGAGUUUUCCAAGGAAGCUGAGAGCAAAACCAGCCUGAAGAGCUCGGUGGUUUCCGAGGGCAACCAGCUGCUGAGGCUGAAGAAGGUCGACACGGUGGCUCUGCGGUCCGACAUGGCUCGCAUGGACAAUCAGUGGAGUGAGCUCUUCACGCGCAUCCCGGUGGUGCAAGAGAAGCUGCACCAGAUCCAAAUGGAAAAGCUGGCCUCACGUCACGCCAUCUCCGAGCUCUUUAACUGGAUGUCGCUGAUGGAGAGCGUCAUCGAGGAGGACGAAGAGAACCUAAAGAGUGCGGUGGGAGCGCACGUGAUCCAGGACUACUUGCAGAAAUACAAGGGCAUCAGAGUGGAUUUGACAUGCAAGCAGCUGACGGUGGACUUUGUCAACCAGUCCGUGCUGCACCUCGGCGGCCACGACGUGGAGAGCAAGCGCAGCGAUAAGACGGACUUCGCCGAGCGCCUCGGAGUCAUGAAUCGACGCUGGCAGAUCCUGCAAGGCCGCAUCAAUGAGCGGAUUCAGUUUCUGGAGGGUCUCCUGCAGAUGUGGUUGGAGUACGAGAGUAAUGUUCAGGCCCUGAAGACCUGGAUGGGAACCCAAGAGGAGCGACUGAAGAGGAAGCAAAGGAUCGAGGACCUGACGUCGGUCCAAAACGCACUCAAGGACUGCCAGGAAAUGGAGGAUCUGGUGAGGGAUCGAGAGAAGGAGCUGGAGCGAGUGGAGGAGCAGGGCUGUGCUCUGGUCCAGAACAAAACCGAUGAGGCUUGCGCUAUUGUCAUGGAGACACUGCAGGGCGUCAAUCACACCUGGGCCAACCUGGACCACCUUAUCAGUCAACUGAAAAUCAGCUUGACAUCGGUCGUGGAGCAGUGGAGUCUUUACAAACGCGCCUCAGAGGAGAUCAAUGGCUACCUCAUGGAGGGAAGGUACUCCGUGUCUCACUUCCGCCUCCUCACCGGCUCGUUGGAGGCUGUUCAGCAGCAGGUGCAAAGUCUGCAGAACUUGCAGGAAGAGCUGGAGAAGCAGGAGAGCAGCCUGAGAAGGUUUGGUGCUGUGACCCACCAGCUGCUGAAAGAGUGUCACCCGUCGGUGUCGGACUCCCUCCAUCACGCCCUCAAGGACGCCAAUGCAAGGUGGGCGGGUCUACUGGAGGAGAUAGCGGAGCGUCUGAGGAGCAGCAAAGCUCUCCACCAGCUGUGGCGGCGCUACAAGGAGCUCCACCAGCAGAGCGGCAGCAGCGUCCAGCUCCUGGAGGAGAAAGCCGACCAGAUCCUCAAGACGGCGUGCGACAAGGACGUGGCUGACGAGCAGGUGUCCAACUGGAUUCAAGACUGCGGCGAGGUUCUGCGCGGCCUUGCACCCGUGCAGGCUUCCCUGCAGGUUCUGCAAGAACUGGGAGAGCAGCUGAAGCAGCAGGUGGACACUCCAGCAGCCUCCACCAUUCAGUCAGAUCAUCUGUCGCUCUCCCAGCGGCUGGCAGCUGUGGAGCAAGCACUGACCAGACAGCUCGUCACGCUGCAGACCGGCGUCCACGACUACGAAGCCUUCAACCAGCAGCUGGACUCUCUAGUCUGCUGGGUGGUCGAAGCUGAGGGGGCCCUGAAGGUGCAAGACCCCAACGGCUCCACCGACCUGACCCUCAUCCAGCAACGCAUGCAGGAGCUCAAGCGACUCAUGAUGAGAUUCAGCAGCAUGGCCCCGGAACUGGAGCGCCUCAACGAGCUGGGUUACCGGCUCCCGCUCAACGACUCGGAGAUCAAACGCAUGCAGAACCUCAACAGGAACUGGUCAGCGGCGUCGGUGCAGACCACGGAGAGAUUCAGCAAACUGCAAUCCUUCCUGCUGCAGCAGCAGACCUUCUUGGAGAAGUGCGAGACCUGGAUGGAGUUCUUGGUGCAAACCGAGCAGAAUCUAGCGGUGGAAAUAUCCGGAAACUACCGGAGUUUGAUGGAGCAGCAAAAAGCCCAUGAGUUGUUCCAGGCGGAGAUGUUCAGUCGCCAGCAGAUCCUGCACUCCAUCAUCAGUGAUGGCCAGAGGAUGUUGGAGCAGGGGCAAGUGGACGACAGGAAUGAGUUCAACCUGAAGCUGGCGCUGCUGAGCAACCAGUGGCAGGGUGUGGUGCGGCGUGCCCAGCAGAGGCGGGGCAUCAUCGACGGCCUGAUCCGCCAGUGGCAGCGCUACAGGGAGAUGGUGGAGAAGCUGCGCAAAUGGCUGCUGGAGGUCUCCCAGCCCGCAGAGGGCCUCCGGUCUGGCACCACUGUCCCUUUGCAGCAAGCUCGCUCCAUGCUGGACGCCAUCCAGCUGAAGGAGAAGGUGCUGCAACGUCAUCAAGGCAGCUACAUCCUGACGGUGGAGGCCGCCAGACAGCUUCUCCUGUCAGCCGACAGUCAGGCUGAGCUGAGCCUGCAGGCGGAGCUCACCGACAUCCAGGAGCGAUGGAAACACGCCAGCAGUUGUCUGGAGGAGCAGAAGAAAGAGCUCGGCACCUUGUUGAAGGACUGGGAAAGAUGUGACAAAGGUAUCGGUGGAUCUCUGGAAAAGCUUCGGGCCUUCAAACGUCAGCUGUCCCAGCCUCUCCCUGACCAUCAUGAGGACCUGCAGGCUGAGCAGAUGCGUUGCAAGGACCUGGAGGGCACCAUCGACGGCUGGACCGGGGAUUUGUCCCACCUGACCGUCCUAAAGGAGUCGUUGUCGUGUUACAUCAGCGCGGAGGACCUUAGUGUCCUUCAAGAGCGUAUCGAGCUGCUGCAUCGCAUGUGGGAGGAAAUCUGCCACCAGAUGUCACUGCGCUCGCAGCAGGUGAGCGAGAAGCUCAACGAGUGGAACGUCUUCAGCGAAAAGUACAAGGAGCUGUGCGAGUGGCUCACUGCCAUGGAGGGCAAGGUGUCACAAAAUGGAGACAUCAGCAUCGAAGAGAUGAUCGAGCGGCUGCGCAAGGACUUCCAGGAGGAGAUUUCUGUGGCCGAGGAGAACAAGCUGCACCUCCACCAGCUGGGGGAGCGUCUGGCACGGGCCAGCCACCGGGGCAAGGCUGCAGAAAUCGAACACAAACUGACUAAAGUCAACGACCGCUGGCAGCACCUGCUGGAUCUGAUUGGAGCCAGGGUGAAGAAGCUGAGAGAGACUCUGGUGGCCGUGCAGCAGCUGGACAAAAACAUGAGCAGCCUGCGUUCCUGGCUGGCCCACAUCGAGACCGAGCUCUCUCAGCCCAUCGCCUACGACGCCUGCCACUUUCAGGACAUUCAGCGCAAACUGGAUCAGCAACAGGAGCUGCAGAGCGACAUCGAGAAGCACAGCACCGGAGUGGCGUCCGUGCUCAAUCUAUGCGAGGUGCUUCUGCACGACUGCGACGCCUGCGCCACCGACGCCGAGUGCGAUUCCAUCCAGCAGGCCACGCGCAGCCUGGACCGCCGCUGGAGGAGCAUCUGCGCCUCCUCCAUGGAGAGGAGACUCAAGAUCGAGGAAACGUGGCGUUUGUGGCAGAAGUUCUUGGAGGACUUUUCACGCUUUGAGGAGUGGCUGGCCACCUCCGAGAAGACGGCUGCUCUGCCAAACUCCUCUGGGGUUUUGUACACCAUAGCCAAGGAGGAACUGAAGAAGUUUGAGUCCUUCCAGAGGCAAGUCCAUGAAAGCCUAACCCAGCUGGAGUUGAUCAACAAGCAGUACCGCCGCCUGGCCAGAGAGAACCGCACGGACGCUUCCUGCCACCUGAAAGAGAUGGCACACAGCGCCAACCAGCGGUGGGACAACCUGCAGAAGAGGGUGGCGUCCAUCCUGCGCAGGCUCAAGCACUUCAUCAGCCAGAGGGAGGAGUUUGAGACGGCACGGGACGCCAUCUUGGUGUGGCUGACCGAGAUGGACUUGCAGCUCACCAACAUCGAGCACUUCUCCGAGUGCGACAUCCAGGCCAAGAUCAAGCAGCUCAAGUCCUUCCAGCAGGAGAUCUCGCUGACCACCGCCAAGAUCGAGAGCAUCUUCCACCAGGGCGAGGCUCUGCUGGAGAAGAGCGAGCCGCUGGAUGCAGCCGUGAUGGAGGAGGAGCUGGAGGAGCUGCAGCGCUACUGUCAGGAGGUGUUUGGUCGAGUGGAGCGCUACUACAAGAAGCUCAUUCGCCUCCCUCUGGCAGAGGACGAUACCGAGGUGUCGCUCUCGGACCGUGAACUGGAGCUGGACGAGCCCGGGGACUUGUCCGGCCUGCCGUGGAGCGAGCGUUUGGGCGACGGCUUCUUGUCCCCGCUGGCUUCCUCGGGACGCUCGGCCUCUCUGGCGGCGGCCCAGCUCAGGACGGAGCGCUCGGGCAGAGACACCCCGGCCAGCGUGGACUCCAUCCCGCUGGAGUGGGACCACGACUACGACCUGAGCCGUGGGCUGGAGAGCGCCAGCAGGGCCCUCAGGGAGCAGCAGAGCGAGGAGGCAGACUUCCUCCCGAGGCCCUCCUCUGCCUUAUCAGAUGUAGUGAUCCCAGAGAGCCAGGAGGCCUUUGUUAGACUAACAGAGCAAACGCUGAGGUCUUCGGCUGGGGAGGUCGCCUCAACGGACUCCAACGUUCCGCAACUGGACUCCGGACACAGCCACGCCCCCGCCGCCGUCGACCUGGAUGCCUCUUACAUGGGCUACAUGAGACUGCUGGGCGAGUGCCGAGGCAACAUCAACACGGUGAAGAGGAUGGGCUACGAGCUCAAAGAGGAAGAGGACACCGCGUCCGGACUGGCCAAUCCCAGCAGCUCCGAGUCGCAAACAUCUGGUGUGAUCGAACGCUGGGAGCUCCUGCAGGCUCAGGACCUCAGCAAGGAGAUCCGCACCAAGCAGAACCAGCAGCAGUGGCAGCAGCUCAACUCGGACCUGAGCAACGUUUGCGCCUGGCUGAGGGAGGCGGCCGACGAGCUGGAGCAGCAGCGGAGGCUGGACCUCAGCACCGACAUCCAGACCAUCGAGUUCCGCAUCAAAAAGCUCAAGGAGCUGCAGAGAGCCUGGGACAAGCGCAAGGGGAUCGUGAUGUCCAUCAACCUGUGCAGCACAGACUUCCUGCACUCGGACACAGGAGAGUCCAAAGAGCUGCAGGCCAAACUGAAAGACAUGAACAACCACUGGGACAAACUGGCGGCCUCGCUGGACGAAUGGAGGUCUUCACUGCAGGGCGCUCUCAUGCAGUGUCAGGACUUCCAUGAGAUGAGUCACGGUCUGCUGCUGUGGUUGGAAAACAUCGACCGCAGACGUAACCAAGUGGUUCCCAUCGACCCCAUCCAGGACAGCGACACUCUUCAGGAGCAUCAUAAAAGUCUCACGCAAAUCCGCCAGGAGCUGCUGGACUCGCAGCUGAAGGUGGCCUCGCUGCAGGACAUGUCGCUCCAGUUGCUGGUCAACUCGCAGGGCGGGGACUGCCUGGAGGCCAAAGAGAAAGUCCACGUCAUCGGCAACCGCCUCAAGCUGCUGCUGAAGGAGGUGACCCGGGACCUCCGCGAGCUGGCCAAGAUCCUGGACAUCACCAGCAGUCAGCAGGAUCUGUCCUCGUGGUCGUCGGCUGAUGAUUUGGACACCGGGUCCGGGUCCCUCAGUCCCGCCUCCGGGAGGAGCACCCCAAGUCGGCGGAGAUCGCGGCGGGGCAAAUGUAGUGUGUCACAGCGUGCUGGAGCCCCUGUGAGCAGUCCACAGCACAGCAGGUGUCGCAGCGCCGCUGGGUCCGCUUCCUGCCCUUCUGACCCGCCCCCCUCCUCCUCGUUUGCACGCCGCGUCCUGCGGGUGGCGCUGCCCCUCCAGCUGCUGCUCCUCCUCCUGGUGCUGGUGGCCUUCCUGCUGCCCUUGUCCCAGGAGGACUACUGCACUCAGUCCAACAACUUUGCCCACUCCUUCUCCCCCAUGCUCAGCUACAUCAACGGGCCUCCGCCCGUCUGACCGGGACGCCUCAAGGUGCAUCCUGGGAAAUGAGGACUUCUGGCCAAGCACCAAAGUAGGCUGUGAUUUCCAUUUUAAAUCCUUCACACAAAUGCUAUUCCAGCACACCUUUUUUUUUUUUUUGGUAUUUAUUUUCCGCAUGCUCGUAAUAACCAUAAUUGUCACCGAUGAGAUUUAUUUUUAGAGGACGUUUGCGGUUUUAUUUUUGCAACGUAUCAGACCUAAUAUAGAAAGUAUAUUGUAUUUUUUUGUAUGUGUGUAAGAGUUGAGGCGUACAUGACGGAUGAAACUGUACGCCAGCAUCAGCAACAAAGAAUGCCAAAUCUUCA